AUGGAUUACCACCUGCUUGGACUAAUUCUGUCUUUUCUCUUCAAUGGCACAAAGGUCUUAGCCGGUUACCCCAUUUGGUGGUCCCUGGCCCUGGGCCAGCAGUACAGCUCGCUGGGGUCCCAGCCCAUCCUGUGCGGUUCCAUCCCCGGCCUCGUCCCCAAGCAGCUCCGCUUCUGCCGCAACUACAUCGAGAUCAUGCCCAGCGUGGCCGAGGGGGUGAAGUUGGGCAUCCAGGAGUGCCAGCACCAGUUCCGGGGCCGCCGCUGGAACUGCACCACCAUCGAUGACAGCCUGGCCAUCUUCGGGCCGGUCCUGGACAAAGCCACGCGAGAAUCCGCCUUUGUCCACGCCAUCGCCUCGGCCGGGGUGGCCUUUGCUGUCACCCGCUCCUGCGCCGAGGGCACCUCCACCAUCUGUGGCUGCGACUCCCACCACAAGGGACCCCCGGGGGACGGCUGGAAAUGGGGAGGGUGCAGCGAGGACGCCGACUUUGGCGUGCUGGUGUCGCGGGAGUUCGCGGACGCGCGGGAGAACCGGCCGGACGCGCGCUCGGCCAUGAACAGGCACAACAACGAGGCCGGCCGGACGACCAUCCUGGACCACAUGCACCUCAAGUGCAAGUGCCACGGGCUCUCGGGGAGCUGCGAGGUCAAGACGUGCUGGUGGGCCCAGCCCGAUUUCCGRGCCAUCGGGGACUACCUGAAGGACAAAUACGACAGCGCCUCGGAGAUGGUGGUGGAGAAGCACCGCGAGUCCCGCGGCUGGGUGGAAACCCUCAGGGCCAAGUACGCGCUCUUCAAGCCGCCCACGGAGCGGGACCUGGUGUACUACGAGAACUCGCCCAAUUUCUGCGAGCCCAACCCGGAGACGGGCUCCUUCGGGACCAGGGACAGGACGUGCAAUGUCACCUCGCACGGCAUCGACGGCUGUGACCUGCUGUGCUGCGGGCGCGGCCACAACACGCGGACUGAGAGGCGCAAGGAGAAGUGUCACUGCAUCUUCCACUGGUGCUGCUACGUCAGCUGCCAGGAGUGCACGCGGGUCUACGAUGUCCACACCUGCAAGUGA